AUGACGUCCCGAGAUCUGACUUCAGCAGCGACAUCUAGAAACCUUGGUGAUCAUACCAGCGCGUCACCAAGUAACCCUCCAGCAAUAGAUGGAUCGACAAACCAUAUGUCUACCGAGUCAACCGGAAGUUCAUCGGUGAAGCCUCGGAACAAAUCCGAUGCGACCUACCCUACAAGCCUUGAUCAGACAACAGAAGGGACUGGACAUUCUGCUCCUGAAGACAUCAUCGAAGACAUCAGUUCAGUAUCACCUGUGUUGGCGGAUGGGAAUGAAACGCUGUCAGGUUGGUAUUGGUAUGGCAUGGAGUGGCAUUGGUAUCUGAUCAUUCAGGCCAUUUCAGGAAUUGUAGGAAUUGUUGGCAAUCUCCUUGUCAUUCUGGUGCUCUUUCAGAGAAGGUCCUCUGGUCGAUCAACCGACACUUUAAUCGGGGGACUGGCGUGGGCAGACUUUCUGACAUCCAUCUUCAUAAUCCCAAUUCCCAAUGAGCAGAGAAUCCCUGCAACAUGGUUUGGUGAUAUGUAUUGCAAGCUCAUUCACACUUCCUACUUCUUAUGGGUCAGUGUUAAUGCUUCUACCUACAUCCUCAUGGCAAUAUCCAUCGAACGCUUCAUCGCCAUUACUUACCCAAUAUAUUUCAACCGGGUCCUUACAAAGAGUCGUAUCCAGUUUGUGAUAUUAAUCAUCUGGAUCUUAUCAGUUUUGUCUAGUAUCUUCGCUUUCUUUGUGGAGUUUAUAGACCCUACAACCAAUAGGUGCAUGUUCAGCUUUCCUUCUCCAGAAAGCCAGGUCAUCAUCGGCUACUACUGGUUUUUCCUCCGUAUGGUCAUCCCGAUGCUUACAAUGCUAAUCACCCAGACCUUGAUAGCAAGGGAGCUACACCGUCAGUCCAUCCGGUUCAAGAGCGACAAGGACAGUUCCACGACUAAGACGGUUCAUCUGGUGGCUAGGAACCGUGUCCUGAAGAUGAUGUUUGAAGUCAUCAUCAUCUACAUCAUCUGCUGGGCUCCUAACCUAAUAGCUUACAUGGGUACCGUCAUGGGCUUUGUCCCGCCAUCGUACUUAGGUUCUCCUCUUCACCAUACCCUGACAGUCCUGGGGUUCUGUAACUCUUGUGCCAAUCCGUUCAUCUACACCGUCCGUCACCCCCAGUUCCGAGAGGCUCUCAAGGGUAUGCUCACCUGUGUCCGGGGUGGAACUUCGCCCCUCUUUGAACAGAAGAUGGAAUCGAGCUACGCAUCUCGCACAUUCGGACAAGGAGAUCAGACAGACGUGGACAAAGAGGUGUAG